ACGUUGUCCAAAUCUGCCUAAUCAAGCUCUCUCUCUCAUUUCCAUGGCGUCCAAUGACUUUUCUGAGAUUCUCCCUCGCGUCCUCAUCGUCUCCAGGCGUAGCGUUCGCAAGAAUAAGUUCGUAGAUUUUGUGGGUGAAUAUCAUCUUGAUCUUAUAGUUGGGUAUGGAGCUGUACCCGUUAUUGUUCCCCGAGUCAGUGGGGUGCAUAUGUUGUUGAACAGUUUCGAGCCGAUUCAUGGGGUUCUCCUCUGUGAAGGGGAAGACAUUGACCCAUCUUUGUAUGAGGCGGAAAUAUCCGGCCUUUUACCGGAGGAAUUGGAAGAAAUCAGGAGAUUGCAUGCGAGCGAUACUGCCAUUGAUAGAGAAAAGGAUUCAAUCGAGUUGAACCUGGCGAAGCUUUGCCUCGAGAGGAACAUCCCCUAUUUGGGAAUUUGCAGGGGUUCCCAAGUUUUAAAUGUUGCAUGUGGAGGGAUCCUUUAUCAAGACAUCGGGAAAGAACUGUCGAAAAAGUUUCCAGAAAAUCAGAGGGCAGUGCACAUUGAUUAUGAUAAUUAUGAUGGGCAUAGGCAUGCGGUGAAGGUGGUAGAGAAUACCCCUUUGCAUGAUUGGUUUAAUGAUUCUCUGGAGGAAGAGAAAAUGGAGAUUUGGGUUAAUAGUUAUCAUCAUCAAGGUGUUAAGAGAUUAGCUCAACGUUUCGUUCCAAUGGCUUUUGCACCAGAUGGUCUUAUUGAAGGGUUCUAUGAUCCAGAUGCUUAUAAUCCAGAAGAGGGUAAGUUUAUCAUGGGUCUCCAAUUCCAUCCUGAGAGAAUGAGGCGGCCGGAUUCUGAUGAAUUUGAUUAUCCAGGAUGCCCAUCUGCUUAUCAGGAAUUUGUUAAAGCAGUAAUUGCUUAUCAGAAGAAGCUUAAUAGCACAACAUCUAUGCCAAAACCUCUUAAACUCAAUCAAGAAAUGGAGAAGAAAAGAAAAAUGAUAAUCAGAAGCUUCUCCCUUGCUAAAAACUUAUACUCCACAGGUUCUGAGAUGCAUCCUUCUAAAGAAUCUGAACUUCAAGCUGGAGCAGAAUUUCUUGAGUCAAAUACAGCUUUGAGCAUUCAACAAGAGAACAGAUUGAAGCAGAUGGGUGCAACUGUGAGAAAUGCAGGUUCUUAUAUUGAGAGAUUGAAGCAGAAUGAGGAGAGGGAAAAAUUGGCAAGAAAUAUGAUGGGAAAAAUGUCUGCAGAGCAGUUGGCUGACCUCUUGUCUUUCUACCACAUGAUGGGGAAGAUAUGUUCAGAAGUGCUAGAAAAGAAGGUUCAUGGCAUUGUCACUGACCUUGGCUCUUGAGGCCUCUCCCCAUGACAUUUGAAGGAUAUACUUUUCUGUUAAUAAAAGGACAGGUCUCCAAAAUGCUCAAAUGAAACCUGGGUCUUGGAUCCGUGUCCUUCCUCUGUAUUUUGUCUUCACCUGUUUUCUAUAAUUAAAAUUUAUUUGUGUAUAUUGUAGUGGUUAAAGAUGUCUGGUCCAUACUCUCUUCUUGUGAUCUUCAUUUACUACUUGAAUCAAACAUAGGGUCGAAA